AUUUAAUUUGAAUAUUCGAGAUUUUAUGUCGAGUAAAAAAUACAAAUUGAAAGGUGGGGAGCGUAUCUAUAAAUGGAAAGACAUUUUUCAUGCAAGGUCUCUGACACCGACUAUUGCAUUUCUUAUUGAGCAAAUACCUCGUUGCUUUUUGAUACUUGUGUUUUAGGAUGGGAAGGGUAAGGCUAAGCGUGAAGCGAUUGGAGAGUCAUAGUAACAGGCAAUCCACUUAUUGCAAACGAAGAUGUGGAAUCCUGAAGAAAGCCCAGGAGAUAUCUGUGCUAUGUGAUAUAGACAUUAUCCUUCUUUUGUUUUCCCCAACUGGAAAACCAACGCUAUUUCAAGGCGGACAAAGAUGCCAUCAUGAACUUGAAUUGGAUGUGUCAAUUGACAACCAUUGUUCCUAUGAAGAGCCUUUACUCCUCCAGAAGAUGCUCUUCAAUUUUGAUGAGAUAAUUGCAAAAUUUGCUCAAUUGACUCCUCAAGAAAGGGCAAAAAGGAAGUUGGAGAGCCUUGAAGUAAGUCUGAUAUUCAUCACCACUAUGUGUUCUCCUCUUGCUAUGCUUUGUUGUUACUUCAUAAUCCAAGUGAAAGUAAUAACAAUGCUAAUGGUUACACUCCAGACAUUGAGGAAGACUUUUAAGAAGCUUGACAACGAUAUAGGCGUGCCAGAGUUUCUAGAUGCUAGUGAUCCAUCAGUUGAAGAAUUGCAUAGUCAAGUGAAACUUUUGCAAUCUCGGCUUACUGAUGUAGAAAUGAGACUCAACUGGUGGAGCAAUCCUGAUAAUAUAAAUAAAGUGGAAGAUUUCGCGCUAAUGGAGUGUGCACUAAGGGAGUCACUUAAUGCAGUUCAUGUUCGGAAGCUCCAGAAGACGACGCAUUUGCAUCUUUUGAUGAACAGUGAACUAGAUGGGAAUACUCAUCAGUGGCAUCCAGAAAAUAAAAUCCUGCGCAUGCCAUUCCCUCAGACUCCAAACAUUCUACCCCAGGAAAAUAUGGGAUACUUUGGAGAUAAUUCAGUUGCUGAAUCUUCUCAUGUUCAGGGCUCUGGAGAAGUUGAUCAAGCAAGACAGGACACAACUGCAAUGCUAGAUAACGGUGUCUUGAAUGAUCUAACUAGUAUAGCAUGCUUGAGACAGCAACUAAGUGAGCAGUACUCAUACAACCCCAAUGAGGAUCUUGAUCUGCUUGAAAGGAACAUGUUGGAUCCUCAGAGUGAUGCCAAUUUGAAAGGAUAUUUGAUGGAUUAUGCAUUUCAAAGAAACUUUAACCUAACAAGGUCUGUGGAUUCAGUCAAUUAUAGUGCAGUCGAUGCCGUUGCUGUUCCAGAUUUUGAUGAAAAAUCAUAUGCGCAGCCAGCAACUUCCAGUGAUUAGACACUCGAGAUAAGUCACACUACUCGAGUAGAAUAAUCUGUGAUCGUGGGUGAGGUUUACAGGUGCAGUGGUUGUUGAUAGAUAAUUAUGUUUGAAUAUGUAUAGUUGUUUUGCUUUGCGAACCCUGACACCCCUCAUGGUGAAAGUAGGAUAAGAGCUUGUUCAUAUAUGAGAUGUGAAUAAAAGACCAGUUUCACUUUGCUGGGAUUUGUUUUUCA